GUACUACAUACUUAACUCUUCUCUCUUCUUCAAAUAUCCACUUAAUCAUAACCUUCAUGGAGGAUCUUACCUUCUUUCACCAAUACCCUAUAGAUUCUCUUGCAUAUCCAUUUGAUAAUUUCCACUCUUUAUACGAGAGUGAUUCCUCUAAUGAUAAUAACUAUUUCAACUAUGAUAAAACAACACCAAAUUGUUUCCCACUUGAAAAUCUUGAUCUUCCAAGACCAACUAAGAAGAUCAAAACAUCUAACUCUUGUUCCUAUUCAUCACCUCAACUAAUUUCUUUUGAACCCCUCAAUGCACCACAACAAUUUUACAACUUGGAUUAUUCCGAUCUAAAGCCUAAAAUAGAGAAAAUUACAGGUUUGGUUUCUCAAGGUUCAUAUGAAGAAAAAAUAUUAUCAAAUUAUGAUAACCGAGCGAAUCAGACCAUGAGAAACUCAACUCAAGCUCAAGAACAUGUAAUGGCCGAAAGAAAACGAAGGGAAAAACUUACCCGAAGUUUCAUUGCUCUUUCGGCCCUCGUUCCUGGCCUCAAGAAGAUGGAUAAGGCUUCGGUGUUGGGAGAUGCAAUAAAGUAUGUGAAACAACUAAAAGAGCGUUUGCAGAGUCUAGAAGAGCAAGGAACAAAGAAAAAAGCGAUUAUAGUGAAGAGAUCUUUUAUUUUACCUGAUGAUAAUAAUGAUAUUGAGUCAUCAAAGUCCAACCAAACACUCCCUGAAAUCGAAGUAAGAGUUUCCGCUAAAGACGUACUCAUCAAGAUUCAAUGCGACAAAGAGAAUGGACUUGCGUCUACUCUACUUGGACAUUUACAAAAUCAUAAUCUCACUCUCCAAACUACUACCUUUUUGCCCUUUGGAAACAACAUUCUUGACAUAACUAUUCUUGCUCAGAUGAACAAGGAAAACUGCGUCACCGCAAAGGAUCUCAUAGGAAGUUUAAGGAAGGCUUUGCUCGUCCAUAAUUAAUCACAUCAUUAUUACUUAAUCUACAUCAAUAAGUUUAAUUACAAGACGGUUAUUUUUAUCGCGGUGCUUUCGAUCAUUUUUCCUUUUUCGUCCGUCAUAAGGAUUCUGGAGUACUAUACAUAUGAAGGAAAGGACCUGCGAUGAAGUAUUAUGAUUCAUUUGUUUAGAAGUUGCUAAGGUGUGUGGAAUUUCAACAGAAGAUAGAAGAUGCCAAAGUGAUUUUCUUCUGUUGUUUUCUUUUUUGUGUAGUUGACUUUGACUAUGUUAAUGUUACCAUUCCACUACAUGUUUCUUAGUAGUUUUUUUUUUUGGUGUUGUGUAAUUAUUGGGAGGCUUUUCUGAGAGACUUUGACUUAUUGUAUACUAUAGAUCUCUUUCUUCUUGUGAAAAAGGUUCUGGUUUGAUACAAACUGUGGCAACCACUUCUCUUUUUAAUAUUGUUCCUUUUGUCGUUUUCUGAUUUCUUAAUUCUUAAUUAUUGUAUAAAAUUCUUAUGACUAUAGCUUUCAUAUCUA